CUUCCUUUUUUCUAGUUUCUUCCUACUCUUUCCCACUCUCGUCUCCUUCCCCUUUUCUUCGUCUCGAAGGUAAACUAAGAGAAAGAAACUAAUAAAACCUCUAAAAAUCACUAUUAAAUCGAAAAAGAAAAUCCCUAAACGAUGCAAGAGGCAGAGCUUCACGAUUUAUCAGACGAUGCCGAUUACGCAGCGUCUCAACAACAAGGAUCACCGAGUAUAAUGCGGUGCGACAGUGGGAAAAAAAGCUCGUCAAGUGAACCCGAGGGAGCCCAGAUUGUUUAUUUGAAGGAUAAUGUUACAAUUCAUCCUACUCAGUUUGCCUCUGAACGGAUUAGUGGAAGAUUGAAGUUAAUUAAGCAAGGCUCUUCUCUCUUCAUGACAUGGAUUCCAUACAAAGGACAAAGUACAAAUGCAAAACUAUCUGAGAAAGAUAGGAAUCUUUAUACCAUUAGGGCAGUGCCAUUUGCUGAUGUCAGAUCCAUCCGGAGACACACUCCAGCUCUUGGGUGGCAGUACAUUAUUGUUGUUCUGUCAUUUGGACUUGCAUUUCCUCCCCUUUACUUCUAUAAUGGAGGAGUUCGAGAGUUCCUUGCUACAGUAAAGCAACAUGUUUUACUCAUGAGGUCAGCUGAAGAUGCUAAUGUAUUUCUUGUUAAUGACUUUCAAAAUCCUCUGCAGCGAACUUUGUCUUCGUUGGAACUACCUAGGGCAGUUUCCAUUGCUAGUGUGCCAUCAACACCUGUUUCAGUUGGGGAGUCUUCUUCACAACAAAAUGAAGAGAGGACUGAUGUAAGUGCUAGUGUUCCUCAAUAUAAUGGAAGGCAGAGGCAGAAAGGUCAUGAUCCUGCUCGAGAUAUUUCAAUUCAAGUUUUGGAGAAAUUUUCUCUUGUAACGAAGUUUGCCCGGGAAACAACUUCACAGCUUUUCCGUGAGACUCAUAGCAAUGGUUUUGGUCCUUUAGAGAGGAGAAACUCUAACCAGUCUGCCCUUGAUUACAGUCACAAAUCAUCUGAGUAUAAAGAGGAUGUUCCUGUUCAAAGCCCUGUUGAUCCAGAUCCUCUUGAGCCUGAUACCAACCUUAUCCUUGUUGAACAGAAAGUCCCAUUUAGGAAACACAAUCAUGUUGAAAAAACUGCUAUCAAUGUGGAGGCUUUUGAGCUAAUCAAUUGUGGUGAAUUUGACAAACUCUCAUUAGUUUGGGGAAAACCCCGACAACCACCUCUGGGGUUGGAAGAGUGGGCCACAUUCUUGGAUUCUGAAGGGCGAGUGGUGGAUCCAAAAGCUUUAAGAAAAAGAAUAUUUUAUGGAGGAGUUGAACACAAAUUUCGAAAAGAGGUCUGGGCAAUAUUGUUGGGAUAUCAUUCAUAUGAAUCAACGUAUGCAGAGAGGGAGUAUCAAAAGUCUAUCAAAAAGACAGAAUAUGAAACAAUAAAAAACCAGUGGCAGAGUAUCUCUCCUGAACAGGCAAAAAGAUUUACAAAAUUUAGAGAGAGGAAAGGCCUUAUAGAGAAAGAUGUGGUAAGGACAGACAGAUCGCUCUCUUUCUAUGAUGGGGAUGACAAUCCAAAUGUGAAUCUUUUACGUGAUAUUCUCUUGACCUACUCCUUUUACAACUUUGAUCUUGGUUACUGUCAGGGGAUGAGCGAUCUGCUAUCUCCAAUUUUGUUUGUGAUGGAGGAUGAGUCGGAAUCAUUUUGGUGUUUUGUGGCCCUGAUGGAACGCCUUGGGCCUAAUUUUAAUCGUGAUCAAAACGGCAUGCAUUCUCAGCUUUUUGCAUUAUCUAAGCUGGUGGAGUUGCUAGACAGACCUCUGCACAAAUAUUUCGAGCAGAAUGACUGCUUGAAUUAUUUCUUUUGUUUCCGCUGGAUUCUGAUACAGUUUAAAAGGGAACUUGAAUAUGAGCAAACAAUGCGAUUGUGGGAAGUAUUGUGGACGCAUUAUUUGUCGGAGCACCUCCAUCUGUAUGUGUGCGUAGCUAUCUUGAAGCGCUAUCGAGGGAAGAUAAUGGGAGAGCAAAUGGACUUUGAUACCCUCUUGAAGUUCAUCAAUGAGUUGAGUGGGCAGAUUGAGCUUGAUGCGAUCCUCAGGGAUGCGGAAGCUUUAUGUAUAUGUGCGGGUGAGAAUGGAGCUGCCUGCAUCCCACCUGGAACUGUACCUUCAUUGCCAGUUGACAAUGGUUUAUUCUAUAGUCAGCAAGAUGAUGAAGUACUGUAAAUUGAUUCACCAUUAUGUUUUAGUGUGAAACAGAUUCAUUGAUCUUGUAUUUAGCUGUUUUUUUUAACAAAACAUUAAUGCGAAUGGAUUGGAUGAAUCAUAAUAUAAUUUCUUUUUCGUUCA